CCUUGCUAUUGCGCGAACUAUUUUCUGUAGCAACAGCAGUGAGUGGAUUUCAGCUGCGUUACCGUUAACGAGGACCGAAAUACGAGCAAGGGUCAGGGAGAGAGAGAGAGAGAGAGAGAGAGAGAGAGAGAGAGGGAGGGCUGGAGAAGGAAUUCAUCUGAGCCACGGUGACUAAAAAAAAAAAACGCCAAAUAUUACUGCAAAAGCAUCCCCGGUUGAACGCGAAAAGAAGGAGGAGGAGGAGGAGGAGGAGAAAAAGAGAGAGAAAAAUCGCGCUCUCGCUUCGCAAGCCUCGGAGCGAGAAAUGGAUCUACCUGCCGUCGGAGAGCAUGUCUUCGCGGUGGAGGGCAUUGAGAAGAAGCGCAUACGGAAGGGAAGAACGGAGUAUCUGGUGAAGUGGAGAGGAUGGUCGCCGAGAUAUAACACAUGGGAACCGGAGGAGAACAUCCUCGACCCGCGUCUUCUCGUCGCCUUCCAAAACAGAGAGAGACAGGAACAGCAGAUGGGUUAUCGUAAAAGAGGGCCCAAACCCAAACAUCUUCUGAUCCAGUUACCGGCAUUUGCAAGGAGGUCCAGCAUCCUUGCUGAUCUUCAGGAGACAUCCCUAGAUGAAGAGAACCAGUUUAAAGUGGAUUCUCUUCAGAUGCACCGGUCACAGCCUCAGCAUUACCAGCUCAAUAGCAAAAAACAUCACCAGUACCAGCCCAACAACAUGGAGAUCCCAGCAGAAGCUCACACCAAUGGAAAAAAGAAGCACUUCUAUCAGCUAAACAGCAAGAAGCACCAUCAUUACCAACCAGACCCUAAGAUGUAUGACCAGCAAACCACAAAGCCGAAAGAGGUUAAAGGGCAUGACCCGUCUAUUAAAGGGUGGAACCUCCCUCCAGCCUUGCAACAGAAAUGGGUACGUGACAAGGACACUGGUAGCUUGAAUAAAGUGAAAGAUCUUUCUAUGGAGCCUAAGCAACUGCCUAUUCCCACUAACAAAGAAGACCAAAUGGAAAAAACAACCUCAAAGGAUCCCAUGCUUUCCAGUGGCAUCAGUAGUAAGAUGAAGAUCAUCAGGAACAAAAACAAAAAUGGCCGAAUUGUCAUUGUCAUGAGCAAGUACAUGGAUAAUGGUGUCCAGCCUUCCAAAGUAAAAAACAGGGAUUCUUCUGGAACAGAGAAACCAAAACAACCCGAGGAGUCUAUAAACGGCAACGCGGCGGGUCUUCUGAAAGUGACAGCAGAGCAGGAGAAUGGUGCUGAUAACCACUCAGGAGACAGUGCAUGUGUUACUUGUGAAUUUGUUCACAAAGUGCCUCACAAAAAGUUUGAGCUCUCAAAAGCAAAAUUGAACACUGAGGCAGGUCACAGAACAGAACAAGAGGUGAAUAAGAUCAAUUUAUCACACAACAACUCUUUGCAACCAUCCUCCAAAACGAGCUCUUCACCCAUUUCUGUUGGGGAAGACACUCCAUCGCAAAAGGACUCCAGCCACAAUCUCAGUCAUCGUAAACGGAACCUGUCAGAACCCAACAAGGCUGACAGUAAUUGUAAGAAGUUCUUCAGCUCCAGAAGUAUCAGUGCUCCCAAUCCGGUCAUUUUUUCUCCUCAGAGAGAACCCAUAGACCUGCACUGUUCUGGCCAAAUCACAAGUGGGGGCUACAAUUACAAUGUUACUGACACCAUUCCGGAUGAACCAAUCGACUUAAGCUGUGGAAGGACUAGGCUUCACGCAGAAGCUGCCACAGAGUCCAACGUCGCAGUGGAUGCCACACCUGAGUGUUCGGAAAAGUCAGAAGAACCAGUCAGCUUUUUUAAGCCAUUUUCAGGUAACAUCAUCAUUACGGAUGUCACCACAAACUGUCUGACUGUGACCUUUAAGGAGUACGUCUCCAUUUAACAGCCAUUGGUUUGAUCCCCUGAGGACUGCUGAUAAUCAUAUGGAUUUGUAGAUAUGUAAUUAUUAGAAGGAUUCUGUACAUAUGUAUCUAUAAUCUUUCAUGUAUAGAAAGGAACUGUUUUUUUUGUUGUUUUUUUUGCAGUGUAGUUUUUUUUAAUUCAAUGUUAAGGCCUGUACAUGAACAGAUUAAAAUGGAGUGUUUUGAAUGUUUAAAGACAGGUAGAGUCUGGAGAAAUCAAUAUGAGAGAACAUGCUGAGCUUAAGAAGUAGUUCAAGCUUCACUGAACAAGCACUUACUUACUUUCCAGUCCUUGCACACUAAAUGGAAAUAGCCGUUACAGUCGUGUGCGCUUCGUGUGUGAGCAAUGUUUGAACCAUCUUCUUUUAAAGAUUGUACUUCCUUGCGAACACAGUGCAAACACAUGGUUUUACAAGAUUACACUUUUCUUGCAGACGCAUCAGUGACAUUUUAGGCAGUUAGAUCUGAGCUUAUUGUAACGUCAAAUGGAUAUUCAGGGUGUUUUGCAAUGGUUUUUAAUGUAUAUUUUACUUAAAGCCACAUUUGCAUUGCUGCAUAGUUGAGUCUGUUUGUGAAAGAUACAGGCCCUUGCUGUGCAGUGUUGAAAUCGAAUCAAUCAGACAUUAGGUUAUCUUCACUUACCCUUUGAAUGUGUAAGCUGCACUUUGCUAUCAGUCAAGAUUCUCUGAAGAAGGCCUGAAUGACACCGAUCAACAGGGUAGAUCCUCCUUUUCAUACUAUGGUUCAAUUUUAUGGCGAUUACCUUGUACACCACCACGUCAUGUCAUGUGUGAGCCGUGUAUAAAAAGGUUUCCUGAGCAUCUACAUACUACUUCCUAUGUAACUGCUUAAAUGGUCCUUUUUUUAUGCCAUGCUCUUUUCUUAACUGUCUAUAUUUUUUGGUGUCACAUACUAAUAAUAAUGUACGACCAAACAAUUUAUUUUAGACAGUUUGUAACCCUGUAGCACAUAAUAUUGUAAAACUGCUGCUAAAGUGUAUUACUUAGUUGAAGUAAUAUGUUAUGGGAAAAUUCACAUGCUGUAGUCAACAUUAGAGUCUAAAUUUGCCUUAAAUGAACAAAGAAAUAAUAAAUAAUGAUAGUGUAUCAAUAUUUUACAAAGCUUAUUGUAGUGAAACAAUCAUAGUCAGCACCAUAUCCAGACAGUAAAUGUAUCCGGCUUUUUGAGUCGACCUGAUUUAAAACGCAUGACUCAUGCAGUUAUAAAGGACCUUUAUACAUGGAACUGACAAGUCUGUCGGCGUGGAAUUGGUCAAUAGAUUUGGCCUGAUUACCGGAAGCACAACAAAUGCAACAAUGCCAAAAAAAAAAAAAAAAAAACAAGACCUUAAAUUAUUUGCUACUUUGAUCAUCGUUGAUAUUUUAGAACGGUGGAUAGUUUUAUUCAGACAAAGGUGCGGGUGGGUCAUUGUUUCAUUUAACAGUUUCGUUUUGCAAAUCUUAAACUAUGUGCCUGCAAUGAUUGCCAAUAAGACAAAAGAGGGAGUAUACUACUAUUCACAUUUAUUAAAAAAUGUUCAUUUCAGAAACUACCCUCCAAUACACAAAAUACAAUUGCAAAUAUUAUAUAAAAAAAUACAUGAACAAAACCCAAUUUUAAUAAAUCAAGUCAUGAUGUUUCAGAA